AUGAGAAGAUAUCAACAACACACACACGCAAGUUGGCAUCGCGCCUACGCAGAUAAAUUCGAUUGCCCCUGGUGCCAAACCCCUCACCGGGCAGAAUCCACGACACAGAACCGAAACCGCAAACCUGCAAAGAGCUCAGCCAGUGGCAGAACUAGCAGAGCAAUUGCUACAUCGACACCACUCGGACGUCGGAUAGAGCAACAAAGCUCUAAUUUUAUCGACGAGGCCGCCGGUACCCCACUCCCACAGACUCCAGGUCCAGGUCCAGCUCCGCAUGCGAAUGAAGAGACACCAGAAUCCGAGACAAAUUACCCGUGGUAUAAGGGCCGCACUGAUGCCGUGAAUAACGGGUUCGCGUCAGAUACGCCGCGUCCGCCGCUUCCCGAGGAGUGGACGAAGGAGAUUGGGGAUCGGGAGCAUGGUGCUGCGGAAUGGACCCCACCGGCUGUGGAAGAUUGGCGGUCUGGGCUAGAGACGCCUGCGGAUUUGAGAGUGCCUGCUGGGGAAAAGAUCGACUCUCCGGAGUUGAGUGUGAAGGAGGUAAAGGAAUCCGGAGAGAGACUUGGUUGA